UAAUGCAAUGUGACGCGCGCUCUAUGAAACUUUGUGGAAAGAUAGAGGUUUAGCUGAAAUAACUAACUUCCACAAGGUAACGUUUCGUCUUUUUACUGUGCAUGUGGUGCUCACGGUGGACGAAUCAUAGACUAUGCGAGGAAUUUCUCUCCGACACCACUAGUUCCAGAGAUGAUGAGCAGCCCUGUCCUGAGUGGAGGCAGCCCUGGCAGUAGCGUGGCGCUCUCAGACUCGGCUGAGUUGUUUCACGAGCUGUGGGGCCGCCUGAGGGAGUGCCAUGACGGUGCGCUUCAAGGUCUGCAGACAAAGGUGUCCAAACUGAAGAAAGAGCGAUGCUUAGAUGCCCAGAGACUGGAGGAGUUCUACAACAAGAACCAGUUGUUGAGGGAACAGCAGAAGGCACUACAGGACAACGUCAAAGUCCUGGAGGACAGGUUGCGUGCGGGGCUGUGUGAUCGCUGUGCCGUGACAGAGAGGCACAUGAAGAAGAAGCAGGGGGAAUUUGAGACCAUCUGCAAACAGAACCAGCUGCUCAUUUCAGAACUCCGAGUGGAUAGAGACUCCCUUCAGGAAGAGAACAAGAGACUUAAUCUUCAGUUAGAGAGUCUUCAAGAAUGCAGAUCUCCCCACACCAUGUCCUCAGAGGCAGAGGAUGGAGUGAUCCCCGACUCUCCGCUGCACUCCGUCUCCCUGCCUUCCAUCAGCAAGAUGAAGAGGAGGAAGGAGCACACUCACGUGCGCUACGCAGAGAAGCCUCUGUCCCAGUCGGCCAAGGGAUUGUCUUCCUCACUGCCUCUGCGUUGCUAUGACGAAGGUGUCCUGGUUCCUGAAACCUGUGAGAUGGAUGGGAACCCAACUACAAAAGUGAGUUCAGUGGGCAACGGGAGGGCUGUGGUUGCAGAGACCUGUCGUCUGGAAAUACCUGAAGAGGACUCUCAAAGUGUGCUCAGCUCAGUCUUUGGCUCUGCACGGAACACAUCUCCAGACGAACCCAAAAGACAUUCAAACCUCAUCCAACCAGACGCCACCUCCCCUUCCCUCUUGUGGAAGAUGUCUCUCUCCCCCCGCCACCUGCGCCACCCCCCCGCAGUGGCCACCCCCCGCAUCGUCCCUCUCCAAGCCUCCCACAACCCCCCCCCUGAGCCAGCCAAGAGGAAGGCCACGAGCCUCAGCAGUGGUGGGGGGGAGGAGGAGGAUGGUGGGGGCACGGAGAGGCCCCUGGACCUGUCCCCAGAGGAGAGGCCGAAGAGGAGGCCUCGUCUGGGCCCCCAGCCACAGGCUCCGAGCAGAACCAUAGGGCCAGAGGAGACGCAAGAUGAAGACGCGCUCUUCAAACAGCCUACCAUACUGGCUCCAGUAAGGAAGAAGAGCAGGGAAGCCCAGCCAGACUCAGAGCAGACAUCAGUCCUCCGGCCUAACCCCUGCGCUCACGUCAAGAGCCCUCUGCAGGAGGCCACAGAGCAGAGCUGGAGUGUGGACCCAGCAGCAGGCCUCUCUCAGUACAGCGCUGACAGCCCUCCUCAGACAGAGACCAUAGCAGAGGCGGAGACUGUAGACACCGACUGCACCUACCUGAGCCACAGCAUGCUCAUACAGGCCAGAAACAGACAUGAUAAAUCAGGGAUUGGUCUGAAGGCUAACGACAGCCUGGCUGAGAUCUUUGAUAAAACGGCGUACGGGGAGUACGAGUCGUGUCCACAGGAUGGCAGCUUUGAGGAGGAGCGGGACAAGGAGGGCUGUGAGGAGAACCACGAAGACGACGAAGACGCAGAAGAGGAGGACGAGGAGAAAGCUGGGCAUGAGAAGGACUGUGACCCUGUAUAUGCAGCAGCUAUGAAAGUGAAGGGGACUCCAAGGAAGAGUACGGAGCCUGGCUACGCUUACGUGGAUGUGGUCCGCAACAGAGAUGAGAGGAGAAAACUGAAGGGUCACACCUGUAAGGAGUGUGAAAUAUACUACGCUGAUCUCCCAGAAGAAGAGCGUGAAAAGAAGCUGGCCUCCUGCUCCCGCCACAGAUUUCGCUACAUCCCUCCUUCAACUCCGGAGAACUUCUGGGAGGUUGGAUUCCCGUCGACCCAGACAUGUGUGGAAAGAGGUUACAUCAAGGAGGACAAAGAGCCUGACCCCCGCAUGAGGAGAAGACGGCCCUACGUCGCCAUGUUCUCUCCAAAGGCCAAGGAUUGAAGAUGUUGAAACCAGUGAGAUGUUGGUUCAGUCACAACCUACUUACUGAACUAAUCUCUUAUCUGGACGUUUUGUCUUCCAUGUUUAGUUUGCACUUUCUAAUUUCAUAUGAUUGUAGAUUAAUAAUGUUGGUUUUGAUACUUAAUUG